AUGGCUCCACAAAUCCAUCUUCCAAAUACAAUUGCCCCAAAGACUUCGAGCACCUCCGCAUCCUUGAGUCAAUCAGCCACGAACAGGCACGCGCAAAGCAACUCUCGAUCAAGUGGACAAGAGGCUUCACCAAGAUCGCUGAUCGUCACCCUAAAGGUCCCGCCCAAGAAAAAGCUCAUCGUCAUCCUCAAGGUUCCAGCCAAAUCCAUCCUCAUUACCCUCAAGCCCCGAACCUUCGGCACUAUGGGAAACACACCAGAGAGUCUACAAGCCGAAGGAUCUGAGGGUAUUGCACGCCCUGCUCCAUCUGGCUCCAAUGAAGGUCAAUUCCGAUCCCAGCAAGCAGGUCCGUCCCAAGCAGGUCCAUCCCAAUCCCGACAAGACCCACCGGCUGCUGAGCCCAUCGUUGAGCGACGAGAAAUUGUCCCAGAUCCGACCACACUUUCUCCCCAUCUGCCAUAUUCUGUCAUCCGAGCUCGACCAGAGAACGACAAUGUCACAGUCGACGACACCGGUGUCCCCAUCGAAGAAGUUCAUGCAUUCAUUCGGCGCAUGCUUCGAUUGGCCAACAUUCUAGGUCCUAACCCAACCUACCCCCGGGACAGCGAGAUCCACCAGCAGACCGUCGACGGCAUCGUCCACCUCACAAUGAACUGGCAGUCCGUUCACGAGCUAACGACUGAUCGGUACAGCCUCGAGCAUUGCACUCUCCGAGGUCGCAAUGUCGGUACCGCUAUCUUCAGCCGCGUUCAAGCAACCAACAAUGCCCCCGUCUUGGAACACAUUCUGGGUUUCUUAGAGGAACAGGCAGAGCUUGCAGAGCAGUCGUAUGCGGAGGCCAGCGCGAAUCCUGUGGAAGCAGCCGACUUUCAGCAGUGGGGCUAUGCUAGCUGGAUGGGCACUCAAUUAAUGGAUCAGCGAUUCUUUGAGGCGGCCAGAGACGCCCUCAUGGACGGGGUUAAUGCUGAGUUGGAGAGAAAUGAGGGCAACGGAGGAUUGGCAAUGGCGGCUGCAGAUGCGGGAUCGUCCAUGAAUGGUGGCGAGGGCAACUCCCGUACACUCUGA